AUGAAUCAUGCAUAUUAUGUACCUUCCCAACAAAUUAGCUACCAUAUUUAACAGUAACCAUGUUAGAACAGAAAUCCCGAUAAUAUUGCUGAGAAAUUAAAAUUACUUAAAUCCAAAAAACAUGUUAAUCAAUCACUGCACACAAACAAGGACUACCUGAAUAAAUAACACUCAAUAAAAAGUUAGAAAAACAUCUCCUCAACCAAAUUACAUUCUUCUCGAAGACUAAAAUCUCAAGACGAAGAAUAAAUUUCAUAAAUAAUGAAUGAUGCUAUCAGAUAACUACCUAAACAAUCCAAACGUAUUAAUGGUUAUCUGGUUAAGUAAUAACUAAGUUCAAAUUCCUAUCAAAUUCAUAAGUAAUAAAAAAUUUCUGACUACCACACCGUUAACAAAGAUAAAACUGUUAUAAAGACUGAACCUGACACAUAACUUUGCAGCGACAGAAUCCUAUGUUAUAAAACUCCGAUUAUCAUUCCAAAAUAAAUUCAAUCUAAAGAAUAGAUUAAAUCUAUUUGCAACUUAAUAUCUCCAUAACAUAAGCCGGCUGAAGAAAUCACGAAUCUCAAAUUAGAAAUUAGAAAUUAAAAUCACAGAAAGAAUUACAAACUCAAAACCGAAGUUUAAGAAAAAAUACUUGAUCUGCUCCUGCUCUCUACAAGAGAACUUAAAAUCAAGCUAUCAGACAAAAAAACAAAAUAAACCUCAAUCCCCAAAACUACAAGAGCUGGAUUACCAGUAGACUUUUUUAAUUUUAAAAAAUGA